UCAAAAAAUAAUCAUCUGUAUAUAACAAAAAUCAAUCACAUCAUUAAAAAACAAAAAAAUAUGUAUAAAUAUUAAUGAUAAAAUUAAUUAAUAAAAUAAAAAAGAAAAAUCAAUAAUUACUAGUAUGAAAAAAUUUUAAAACGCGUCCAGUUUCCUUAAAACAAAACAAAAAAAAUAGAAAAAGAAAAUUUAAUAAAACCGCUUUUAAUACUUAAAAAAAAGAAAACAAAAAAAGUUUUUUUUAACAAGAAAAAAACUCUUAAACCAAACAACAAAUUGUUCAGUCGUUCCGCUGUAUUUAUUCACUACUUAUAACCUGUAAAUCUAUAUAUUCAUUCCUACUUAGUCCUGUUUCUAUUUCGUUACACAUACACACAAAGGAUUGUGUUUGUGAGUGAAAAAAAGUGCGUGAGUGUUCUACACAACGUCGCCGUCUGAGGCCAUUAAAAUUGUUUAAACAAAUAUCAACAACAAGAAAACUACAAAUAAUAGCAACAACUAUAAUAAUAACAAUAACAACAAAUAAUAAUAAACACAACCAAAAACAAAAAUCUAUAUAAAAAUAAAUAUUAAAUAAAUUAAUAGUUUGACAUCGUUGAUUACAUGCCAUGUGUAUGACGUGUCAAUCUACACAAAUGUGUGUUGCCGUACAUCUGGUGUAACACAAUUAUGGCCGAGCGGUCGUCCUAUAAUUAUCAGAAAUUGGAUAUAUUGACGGUUGGCAGCGGCUCAGGAAGCGGCGCUAGCAGGGCAUCAACAGGGCUCCACAAGCGGGGGGCACUCGGGUCGAAGGGGAGCCCAUCGCUUAGCUGAUAGAAUGGGUGGCCCAAAGAAAGAGGAAACACCACCUGGUGGUGGUCCCACAUCAUUAUUUAUCCUCACCGAGGAUAAUCCAAUUAGAAAAUACACACGUUUCAUAAUAGAAUGGCCGCCCUUCGAGUACACUGUGUUAUUGACAAUCAUUGCCAACUGUGUUGUGUUGGCAUUAGAAGAACAUUUGCCUGAGUGUGAUAAAACGGUAUUGGCCCAAAAGCUGGAAAAAACGGAGACCUAUUUUUUAUGCAUUUUCUGUGUAGAAGCAUCGCUCAAGAUCCUUGCCUUAGGUCUAGUUUUGCAUAAACACUCCUACCUCAGGAAUAUUUGGAACAUCAUGGAUUUCUUCGUAGUAGUAACGGGUGCCAUGACAAUCUUUGCCGAGGCCAAUAUAGAUGUCGAUCUACGAAUGUUAAGAUCAUUUCGUGUUUUAAGGCCGUUAAAACUUGUUUCAAGAAUUCCAAGUUUACAAGUAGUUUUAAAGUCCAUUAUAAAAGCAAUGGCACCGUUACUACAAAUUGGUCUCUUGGUGUUGUUUGCGAUCGUUAUAUUUGCCAUCAUUGGACUCGAGUUCUAUUCGGGUGCUUUACAUAAGACUUGUUAUAGUUUAGAAGAUCCAAAUAAACCUGUGAAAGAAGGUGAAUCAGAAACACCGUGUAAUACGGAUACUCUAACAGAUAAAGGCGGUGGUGCAUAUAUGUGUAAUUAUACGACGAGUAUGUGUUUGGAAAAAUGGGAUGGACCAAAUUCUGGCAUAACUAGUUUUGACAAUAUCGGUUUUGCCAUGUUGACUGUAUUCCAAUGUAUCACUAUGGAAGGCUGGACAGCAAUACUGUAUUGGACCAACGACGCUUUAGGUUCACAAUUUAAUUGGAUAUAUUUUGUGCCUCUUAUAGUUAUAGGCUCAUUUUUUAUGCUCAACUUAGUUCUUGGUGUUCUUAGCGGUGAAUUUUCCAAUGAACGUAAUCGCGUUGAACGUCGUAUGGAAUUUCAAAAAUGUCGUUUUCGUGCAAUGUUUCAAACGGCCAUGGUAUCAUAUCUUGAUUGGAUAACACAAGCAGAGGAAGUGAUAUUAGCCGAAGAGCGUACAACCGAAGAGGAAAGAAUGCACAUUAUGGAGGCACGACGUCGUAAUGCUGCCAAAAGAAAAAAACUGAAAAGUCUGGGUAAAUCCAAGUCCACAGAUACCGAAGAGGAGGAGGGUGAAGAGGACUAUGGUGAUGAUGUUUAUUUAAUAAAACUCGCUAAUAUGUCUACAGAAGGUGGCGAAAAAGGCGAAGCAGGAAGUUGUACGGGUUUCUGGCGCAAAGAGAAAAGUUUUCGCUAUUGGAUCCGUAAGACCGUGAAGAAACAAUGGUUCUAUUGGUUUGUCAUUGUGCUGGUGUUUCUGAAUACCGUAUGUGUGGCGGUGGAACAUUAUGGUCAACCCAAAUAUCUGUCAGAUUUUUUAUACUAUGCUGAAUAUGUAUUUUUGGGUCUUUUCAUGUCUGAAAUGUUCAUAAAAAUGUAUGCGAUGAGUCCAAGGAUUUAUUUCGAAUCAUCGUUUAAUCGUUUCGAUUGUGUCGUCAUUAGUGGUUCGAUAUUCGAAGUUAUAUGGUCUGAAGUUAAGGGUGGCUCAUUCGGUUUAUCCGUUUUGAGAGCUUUACGUUUGCUGCGUAUAUUUAAAGUGACCAAAUAUUGGUCAUCGUUGCGAAAUCUUGUGAUUUCGUUAUUGAACUCGAUGAGAUCCAUCAUUUCAUUGUUGUUCCUGCUCUUCUUGUUCAUACUGAUAUUUGCCCUACUUGGCAUGCAAUUAUUUGGUGGGCAAUUUAAUUUUAGUAGCGGUACCCCCGAAACAAAUUUCAACACAUUCCCUAUAGCCUUAUUGACUGUCUUUCAAAUUCUAACCGGUGAAGAUUGGAAUGAAGUUAUGUAUCAGGGUAUUAUAUCACAAGGUGGCGCUAAAAGAGGAAUGAUUUACUCUGUUUACUUUAUCGUUUUGGUACUCUUCGGUAAUUAUACAUUGCUAAACGUGUUCUUGGCUAUCGCCGUCGAUAAUUUGGCAAAUGCUCAAGAAUUAACUGCUGCCGAAGAGGAACAAGUCGAAGAAGAUAAAGAGAAACAAUUACAAGAAUUAGAAAAAGAAAUGGAAGCGCUACAAGGUGAUGGUAGCCAUGUGGAGAAUGGCGGUGAUGGUUCCACGGCGGCCGUUAAGAAAAGCAAAAAGAAAGAGGAGGAAAAGAAAGAAGAGGAAGAAGUUACGGAGGGUCCAAAACCAAUGUUGCCAUACUCAUCAAUGUUUAUAUUAUCACCAACAAAUCCCAUACGACGUGGCGCCCAUUGGGUUGUUAAUUUACGUUACUUUGAUUUUUUCAUUAUGGUCGUCAUCUCAUUGUCAUCGAUAGCGUUAGCGGCCGAAGAUCCCGUUCGUGAGAAUUCACCACGAAAUAAAAUUUUAAAUUAUUUCGAUUAUGCAUUUACCGGCGUAUUCACAAUAGAAAUGUUACUGAAAAUUGUAGAUUUAGGUGUUAUAUUACAUCCUGGCAGCUAUUUAAGAGAAUUCUGGAAUAUUAUGGAUGCUGUGGUCGUUAUAUGCGCUGCUGUUAGUUUUGGUUUCGAUAUGAGCGGUAGCAGUGCUGGACAAAAUUUAUCAACAAUCAAAUCGUUGCGUGUCCUACGUGUCCUGCGACCAUUAAAAACAAUCAAACGUGUACCCAAAUUGAAAGCCGUCUUCGAUUGUGUAGUAAAUUCAUUGAAAAAUGUUGUUAACAUUCUAAUCGUGUACAUAUUAUUUCAAUUUAUAUUUUCUGUCAUUGGUGUACAAUUAUUCAAUGGGAAAUUUUUUUAUUGUACGGACGAAAGUAAACAUACUGCCGAAGAGUGCCAGGGUUCAUAUUUUAAAUAUGAAGAAGGAGAACUGCUGCCCAGACCGGAGUUACGCAUUUGGAAACCACGUAGCUUUCACUACGACAAUGUGGCAGCAGCGAUGUUAACACUAUUUGCAGUACAAACGGGCGAAGGAUGGCCACAAGUACUGCAACACUCCAUGGCUGCCACUUAUGAAGAUAGGGGUCCAAUACAAAAUUUCCGGAUCGAAAUGUCCAUAUUUUAUAUCGUAUAUUUUAUUGUAUUUCCAUUCUUCUUUGUAAACAUAUUCGUGGCCUUGAUUAUCAUUACAUUCCAAGAACAAGGCGAAGCUGAAUUACAAGACGGUGAAAUUGAUAAAAAUCAGAAAUCAUGUAUAGACUUUACAAUAGGAGCACGACCAUUAGAACGUUACAUGCCCAAAAAUCGUAAUACAUUUAAAUAUAAAGUAUGGCGUAUUGUCGUAUCGACACCAUUCGAAUAUUUUAUAAUGAUGCUAAUUGUGUUCAAUACCUUAUUAUUAAUGAUGAAGUACCAUAAUCAAGGUGAAAUGUAUGAGAAAUCGCUGAAGUAUAUCAACAUGGGAUUCACAGGAAUGUUCAGUGUUGAAACUGUACUGAAAAUAAUUGGAUUUGGUGUAAAGAAUUUCUUUAAAGAUCCCUGGAAUAUCUUUGAUUUAAUCACAGUCUUGGGCAGUAUAGUGGAUGCCUUAUGGAUGGAAUUUGGGCACGAUCAAACUCCACCAGUUAUACAAUACCAUUACACCUACAACCACUAUAUCAGUUCAAAUAACACCGCCAGGCAAUUUACAGUCCAUAUUAAUCAUCAGCAAACUUUAACUGAUUCGAACUCAAUCAACGUUGGCUUCCUGCGUUUAUUUCGUGCGGCGCGUUUAAUUAAAUUACUGCGUCAAGGAUACACGAUACGUAUUCUGCUGUGGACAUUUGUACAAUCAUUUAAAGCACUUCCAUAUGUCUGUCUACUGAUAGCCAUGCUAUUUUUUAUCUAUGCCAUUAUUGGCAUGCAGGUAUUUGGAAAUAUCAAACUAGGUACAGUGGAAAAUUCCAUUACUAGGCACAACAACUUCCAAUCAUUUAUACAAGGUGUCAUGCUCCUAUUCAGAUGUGCAACGGGCGAGGCGUGGCCGAACAUUAUGCUGGCGUGCCUUAAGGGGAGGCCAUGCGAUGACGAAGCCGAAAAGGGCGAUGAGACUUGUGGCUCGACAUUGGCCUAUGCCUAUUUUGUAUCAUUUAUAUUCUUUUGUUCAUUUCUAAUGUUGAAUUUAUUCGUGGCUGUUAUUAUGGAUAAUUUUGAUUAUUUAACAAGAGAUUCCAGUAUAUUGGGGGCACAUCAUUUAGAUGAAUUUGUACGGAUAUGGGCUGAAUAUGAUCCAAAUGCGACUGGCCGAAUCCAUUAUACGGAAAUGUAUGAUAUGUUAAAAAAUAUGGAUCCUCCGUUGGGGUUCGGUAACAAAUGUCCCAAUCGCCUCGCCUUUAAGAAACUGAUACGUAUGAAUAUGCCCCUGGACGAUGAGAUGAGAGUACAAUUUACCACCACACUAUUUGCAUUGAUACGUGAAAAUCUUAGUAUUAAAAUGAGAGCGGCGGAAGAAAUGGACCAAGCCGAUUCCGAACUUAGGGAUACUAUUACAAAUAUAUGGCCAUUGCAGGCCAAGAAAAUGCUGAAUCUACUGGUGCCACCCAAUGAUCAAUUGAAUAAGGGCAAAUUGACAGUGGGUAAAGUCUAUGCGGGACUGUUAAUAUAUGAAGCAUAUCGCAUUAGACGAGAAGGAGGACAGCCACAAGGAGGCAUGGGGCGGAAGCGUGAAGAUGAUGAAGAGGAAGAACCCUUACAUAGUCCAACAGCUGAUGAUGAACCGAUGUUGGAACUGCGGGAUGCGCCCAGACAUCCAUCUCAGGAAUCAUUAACCGGUGCCGAUGCUGGUCAUUUACAUCCUGGACACGCUUAUCAAAAUGGUCAUAGAAGAUCACCUAGUUUAAGAUCACCUAGUCCAAGUAGACGGCGUGGCCAUCCAUAUCAACAUCAUGAUAUUGGGUUUUCGGAUACUGUAUCUAAUGUUGUAGAGAUGGUCAAGGAGACCCGUCAUCCUCGUGGUUACGGUCAUCAUACGCGUUAUCCAAGAGGUUCAUGGUCAGCAUCGACAAGUCCGGCCCGCUCGCCUUCACCUUCACGUUAUGGUGGCCAUUUACCGCGCACCAGACGCCCUGAACUGCCUUAUCCCACAUAUGGGACAACAAGUCUAUGUCAAAGAUCACGAUCACCAAGUCCUGCUAGACUACAGGAGAUGCGUGAAAGAGAUAGACUUGGCUAUGGGAUUGAUAUGGGUGGACCCCAUGGCCAACAUAGUUACCCAAAUUUAAACCAUCGUCGUGGUGGAGGUCGACGUCUACCACCGACACCAAGUAAACCAUCGACACUGCAGCUAAAGCCAACAAAUAUUAAUUUUCCAAAAUUAAAUGCAAGUCCAACACAUACACAUCAUUCAACACCUCAUAGUGUUCACUCGUUGCCACACCACCGCGAUCUGUUGCGGGACCCUAGAGAUCUGUAUUAUAGUAGUAGAGAACGUGAGCGUGAUCGCGCUCGUUAUAGGGACCGCUUAUGCAUCGAUCCACGAUAUGAAUAUCGGGAUCGAGAGCGUGAGUUAUAUGAACGAGAACGAGAUCGUGAGUUGGAGUAUGAAAGAGAAAGACUGGAAUACGUAGCACCCUUGUCCUUUGAGCAGGCGGUAGCUAUGGGCAGAACGGGGAGAGUUUUACCCUCACCCGUUAUGAAUGGCUAUAAGCCAAAGGGUGGCCUUCAUGCACGCCACUCCGAUUCAGACGAAGAGGAUUGGUGCUAGCAAAGGCUUUGAUUGCGAUCGCGUGAUCGAAGGGAACAGAUCUGGGUAUAGCAUCAGGCCAUUUUACAAACCACACUAUCCGCACCAGACUUAGAUCAUAAUUUUGAUACAAUAC